AUGGUGCAACCACCUGCUUUUAUUGAUCCAGCCAAUCCUCAUCACGUUUGUAAACUGCAAAUAUCACUCUAUGGUCUUAAACAGGCACCCCGAGCCUGGUAUGAAGCAUUUUAUGGUGCUAUUCUCUCAUUGGGAUUUGUUUCUUCCUCAUCUGAUACUAGUCUUUUUAUCAAGAAAAACUCUACUAUUACUUUUAUACUGGUUUAUGUGGAUGAUAUUAUCAUCACUGGGAGUUCUCCUACUGUUUGCCAAUCCAUCAUUUCGAAGUUGCAAUCUUUGUUUCUUGUCAAAGAUUUGGGAGAUAUUCAUUAUUUCCUUGGCAUUGAGGUUCACAGAUCCUCUACCGGUCUUUUUCUUCAUCAAUCCAAAUAUGCUUUGGACUUGCUUAAGAAGAUAGAUAUGCUUGGUGUCAAACCUUGUUCUACUCCAGUGAGUUCCGCCAAGUUGGAUCAUUCUGGCACUAUUCUUUCCGAUCCUACUCUUUAUCAAUCAACUGUUGGUGCUCUUCAGUACUUGACAUGGACUCGCCCUGAUUUGGCUUUUGCAGUGAAUCAAGUGUGUCAGCACAUGCAUGCUCCUCGUACUAUUCAUCGCCAGGCUGUCAAACGGAUCUUACGCUAUCUUAAGGGUACUAUUGACUCCGGUUUAUGGUUUAAACCAGGCAAUCAGUUUCUCACAGCUUGGUCUGAUGCUGAUUGGGCCGGUUGUCCAGUUGACCGACGAUCUACUAGUGGCUAUUGUGUUUUCUUGGGUCCAAAUCUGAUUUCUUGGAGUGCCAAGAAGCAAACCACUAUGGCACGAUCGUCUACUGAAGCAGAGUAUCGAUCUUUAGCCAAUACUGCUGCUGAGAUCACUUGGGUGUGUGUAAAAUUUUGCAGGACCUUUCUUUUCCUCUUCUUCGCCCUCCUGUGA